AGAGUCGCCCACUCUCGGCUCUUCUUUACUGCCGCUGGCCUGGAGCCCCCGUCUGUGGAGUCAGCCCAGCCCUGCCCUGCCUGCGCCCCGGUCCCCGCUCUGGAGGCAGCCGCUGGGCUGUUGCUGGGGCUCCAGCCCCUCCCGUCGGGGGCAGGAUUGAACGACUUGGGAAGGGAGGGGACUCGUCUCCGCCAGCCGGAUCCGCAAGCGCGCCGCGCAAGCUCUCCGCACCCGGGGGCUCGGAUCGCCAGGCGGGAGCGGCGCCGGGGCCAGGCUCUGGGGGCUGCGGGACCCGGCCCCGGAUAAUGACCCAUCUGCAGCCGCUCAGCCGCCGUCAGUCAGAGCGCAGAGCUCCGGGCUUUCAGGUCCUUUGCCAUGUUUGCCCGGACGGCGCUUCAGCUCGCCCUGUGGCUGCAAGUAGCGCUGGCGCAGAGCCUACCUAGGAAAGGUCUCCAGCCCUUCAUUCCAGACUCAGAGGGGGACCUCCUCUUCCUGCUGGACAGCUCUGGCAGCGUCUCCUACUACGAGUUCUCUAGGGUCAAGGAGUUCAUCAGAGGCCUCCUGCGACCCUUCACCUUUGGCCCCAGCGACGUCCAGACCAGCAUCAUCCACAUUAGCACUGUGCCCACCAUAGAGUUCCCCUUCGACCGGUACUUGUCCACCGGGGCAGUGCAACAGGCCAUCCGGGACACGCAGCAGCUGAUGGGGGACACCAACACGGGCAAAGCCCUCUCCUUCGCCAAGGAGAAGUUCUUCACGGAUGAAGCUGGCGCCCGGGCGGAGGUGCCCAAGGUGCUGGUGUGGGUGACGGAUGGCUUCUCUACUGAUGACAUCUCCCAGCCCAUGCAGCUGCUGAAGGACAUGGAGGUCACGGUCUUCAUUGUCAGCACUGGGCGAGGGAACUACCUGGAGCUUUCGGCAGCUGCCAGCCAGCCUCCAGAGAAGCACUUGUACUUUGUGGAUGUGGAUGACCUGCCCAUCAUCACCAAGGAGCUGAGGGAUGCCAUCAUAGAUGUUAUCCGAGCCAAGCGGCUCCGUGCCGUGGAGAUCACCUCCAGCAGCUUCCGUCUGACAUGGCCUAGGCUCCUCUCCAGCGACACUGGCUACUACGUGGUGGAGUACGCCCCUACGGACGACCCAAGGAGAAAGCUGGUGAAGCAAGUAUCCGGGGAUCACAUUGGCCUCUUCCUGAGCGAUCUCUUGCCAGACACCACCUAUGAGGUCGUGCUCGUUCCAGAGUCCAACGAGCACUAUAUCCCUCCGCAAACCACCAGGGUCACCACGCUGGAAGAGGAAAUCAGCCCAACUCGGGUUCUCAUCUCGGAGUCCAAGCCGCACAGCUUCCGCGUCAGCUGGGCUCCCACGCUGGACAGCGUGGGGAGUUACCAGGUCCUGUACGGUCCGCUGCCUGGCAAUUCAGCUAAGCUGCUGGAAGUGGACAGGGCGCACAACAGCACUGUAGUGGAGAACCUGGCCCCCAACACCACCUACUUGGUGACGGUGGCAGCCAUCUAUAAAUCGGGGAAAGAGAAAGCCCUGUCGGCCAAAGCUUGCACACAGGAAGAGAGCUCCAAGGUGAGACACCUGCGCUUCGAGGACAUGGGCCCCAACACCCUGAAGGCCUCUUGGGACUCAGCCGAUGGGCCAGUCCUCGGUUACCGGGUGAGGUGCCGGCGGCAGACGGGCCCCUCGUCGCUCCUCAGCGUCUCACCGCAGAUCCACAGUGUGCUCCUGACGGACCUGGCCUCGGGCACUGCCAACAAAGUGUGUGUGAAGCCCGUGUACAGGAACCAGCUGGGGAAGGGGCUAUGCCGCGUGGUGCACAUGCAGCAUGCGACAGCCACACAAGGAUACAAGCACAGAAGGAGAGCGUGAGGGACACUGGACUGAGCUGUUCCCCUACAGAGCGAGGGGAAAGGAUUGGACAAGGAUGAAUGGGGGGGACCUCACAGAUCAGCUCCCAUCCUGCAUUACCCCUGGAGAUGUGUGGUUCCCCCUAGCUGUUGUCAAGCCCACAGGCUCCUGAGACUGUAAAGUGCGACCCCCAGCUUAUCACAUGGCUUGGCUGGCUGGAGCAAGCAGACGGGCUGAUGGAUCCCAGUCAUGCAAUGGAUGCAGGUUAAAAAUUGUGCUAGUCUCUGCAUUACCCUUUCGUAUGUUCCUACACCUGAAAAAUUAGUGACGAAAAGACAAAGUGGGAAAUCUGAACCAUCAUUUGCUUCCUGUUUUUUAUUCAUUUUCUGUCAUGUUUUGGUUUUUGCAGAGUAUAAGUGGCCUUGCACUGAUCACAAGUGGCUGGGAGCCAAAUUGGUCCCUGGUGUAUAACUCCACUGAAGCUGUUGGAGUUAGACUAGGGGUGAAUUGUGCCCAGUGAGAUCAGUGGGUUUGGGAAGCAGAUCUAGGUCUUGUGACAGGGAAUAGGGUCGGACUGCAAAGAAUAGAUUCACCUAAUGAAUAGCACCUUCCAUCCAAACAUGUUCAGCGAGCAUCCCAACGGUGCUCCGGUCAUCCGUCUCUGAAAUGCAGCCACCUCUGAUGUGGAAGGACAGAGCCUUUAAAGGAGCUUAGAAUAUGCAGGGACAAUCCAGCUAGAAGGAACAUUUGGGGAAAGGAGAGAAGAGGGGAUGUGAGACCCCAUCUGGAGUUUGGCCAGGACACGGUGGUUAACUCCCUGACUCUUCUAAAGCGUCCCGGGUUAUUUAAUAACCACAGCCAGUCCAGACCUUGAUUUAUGUCUCUCUCCGAAGACUGGUAGUCUUUGCAUGAUUAACUCCCAGGAAUGGAGCAGCAGGGUUGUUCCAGGUCAAGGUUGACAUGCAUUGGCAGAACUGUGUGAAGGAAGCGCAUACAGGGCUUGCUCCAUCAACACUGCUUCAGGCUCUCACUUCCAUGGAUACUAAAUUCCGCCCCCCAUCUGCUCAGAAAUGAGGAUUUCAGGAAAUCUUGCUCUUCCUCCCACCCCCCCCAACCAAAACAGGUACCAGAUUAUAUCCUUUUCGGGCAGGAUCAGAAGCAGCAUGUCGUGGACACAGAAAGGCCAGCUGAGGUGCGCACGUGCGCGCACGCACGCACACACACCCACACCAUAGUUGGUGCUAGUUUAGCCCAGCAGCUGGAAGAUCCAGGACGACCUAGAUCAGGGAGAUUAAUUUACUCUCAUGCCCCUAGACGUGUCCCAUUUGAAUGCGUUUGAGUCCCAUCAGCAGGGCCAUAUAGGGGAAGCUCGCACUGCCGCUACCUGUUCGCGGUCUUACCCCACCACUAUAGUCACAUCAAAAACUUUUUCAAAUACCUUCUGCCCUGUCUCAAAUCCUGUGCUGCAUGUAAAAGGAGAUUGCUGUGGGAGGAACACCGCUUAGCUGUUUUCUCGCCCUCCAGGUUUGGUCCUGCUGCCUUUUCGAGAUGGGAAGAUGUGUAGGGGGAAGUGAGGCUGCUGAUCAUUUUAGUACCUAGUGAAAAUGCCAUUUUGGAUUUGCAGUUCCACCCGCCGGGGCGUAGGGUGUGAAGGAGAUGUACAUACUUCUCUGUGCCUGAGGGCGCAGCGCCAAUGUGCAUGCAUUCCCCUAGAAACGCUAGCACUGUUUGGUCUUCAUUGCUUAUUUAACCUGCAUGUGAAGCAUUUUAAUAGCUGUCCUGUAUGUCUGGGAAGCCAUGUGAUAGAUCCUGCAAGCCCUUCAGGGGCCUGAUUCUGACUUUGGAGUCAGUGGGAGUUUUGCCAUUGACUUGAUUAGACCCGAUGUGUUGAACUCCAACUGGGUGGCUUACAUGGGGCAGAGACCUUGGGCGCGCCCUUUGCACAGAGGUGACUGUCACCCAUUGACUCCAGCAGGGGAUCUUACAGGGCCUGUGUUCUCCUUUGGCAGGUGCGUGUGUCAUUGACUAACAUUGAGGUUACACCUGCAUCAAGGGGAAGAUACAAUCCCGAAUCUUUUAUGCAGUAAAAUAUAAAAGCAUCUUGUUCGUUCUUGCUGUAAGAUGGAGAUCAUUUAAUUUUGUGCAACUCCCUGGCAUAACUUACUAUGCGUUAACAUUGCCUUCCCUCUAUUGUAAUGCAUUCUUUUGAAGACAAUAAAUUAAAUAUACAAGA